UCUUCGAGUGUUGGAAAGAUUCUACUCAAGGACUACACAAAUUUUGGGGACCCUAGCGCGCAAGCCGCGGCCAUCUUGGCGAUUCAACCGCCGCGCGCCAGUCGCCCGUCGCCCGCCCGUGUGUCAACUCGCGCGUUUUUACUAUGCAGUUUGAGUACGACCCUGAACGCCUCAUAGAGGAGGUUAAGAAACGACCCGGCAUUUGGGACUUCGACAACGUGGAGUACAGGACCAAGAAUACGAGGCACAGGCUGUGGAAUGAAGUCGUUAAUGAGUUGCUGCAAACCAACGUCAAGGUGUCGAAGAGCGAAAUGCGCGAGCUAGAAAUACAGCUGCAGAAGAAAUGGAAAAGCAUUCGCGACUGCUUCCAGAAGUACAUCUCGAACCCCAGUAGAAGUCGACGCCCGUAUUUAUACUGCAAACAACUUCAAUUUCUUCUCAAAGACCAGGAUUUACCCACAGAAAAUGCAACCAGCGAUUCCGAAGAGGGACCUAAGUUCAAGGUAAAGAAAAGGCGAAAGAUCUUGAAGCAGCAAGCAACUAGAGAAGAAGAGGAUACUACAGAAGAGGAAGAAAAUUAUAACCAGGAUAUUAGAUCUAAUGACUCGGACGACGAUGUAACUAUAGAGAGUCCAGCUACUACUAGAGUCACAAAGUUCAAGCCGCCUGAGGAAUUUAUGUUUGCAAAUGUUGAUCUGCAGCCAGUAAAGGAGGGAGAGGACCCUGAUAAGUUAUUCUUCUUGUCUUUACUGCCUCAUUUCAAGGCCAUACCUGAAGAGUUCAGGUUGAAUGUAAAGAUGGAGUUGAUGCAAGUAUUGCAAAAUGCUCACUACAAUACCGCGCGCGGUAACAAACUGAUUUAAUUUUAUGUUCGUGACUAGUUUUAAUUAAUUAUUUCGUACAUUCGCAAGUUACUUUAAUGGGUGAUUUUGUUAAGUGAUAUUAGUUAUGUUACACAAUAAAUACAUGUGAAAUAAAUGUAUGA